AUGGCCAGCGUACAACCACACUACACCCACGGGGACAUUCGCGACGAUGAAUCGAUCCUCGACGACGACGUGAUUGAAGCUGAUGAUGCCAUCGAAGCCGACGACCCCCUACACGACACCUCUGACACCGCCCCUCUCCGCGGAAACAUCCAACCCGAAGCCUCGAGCUCCGCCCGCGGCGGCGGGAGCAACUUCUCCAGCAAUUACCUGACGUCCACGAUUGGCGGCGAAGACCGCCGCGCGACACAGAGCACCAUCGACGAGACGGUAUGGGAGACGCUGUCGCGCGACUUGCGGGCCGUCUGGGAGAAGAUGCGCCAGGUGUUGUGGCCUAAGUACCUCAUUGGGGGCAUGUUGCAGCGCGGCGGGGGUGGGAUUGGUGCCGCGGAGAGAGGUGAGGCUACGGGCUUUGGCGGUGGGCUGAGGAACAUGGUAGGACGCUGGCCGGAUGCCGAUGUUGUGCUGCAGGGUGGGAUGAGUGAGGGGUUGAGGGAUUGGGAUCUUUGGGGUCCCUUGAUCUUCUGCCUCCUACUGAGUAUGUUCUUGUCCAUGCGCGCCAAGGAUGAGCAGUCGUCGCUGGUGUUCUCGGGCGUUUUCUCCAUCGUGUGGAUUGGGGAGGCGGUCGUGACGUUGCAGAUUAAGUUGCUUGGUGGGAAUAUCUCGUUCUUCCAGUCGGUCUGUAUCAUCGGAUACACGCUCUUCCCUCUGGUUAUUGCCUCUCUGCUCAGUGCCUUUGGCCUCCCGACUAUUGCGCGCAUACCGGUGUAUCUUGUCCUGAUUGCGUGGUCGCUGGCGGCGGGCGUGAGUAUCCUGGGUGGAUCGGGCGUGUUGCGCAACCGGGUCGGCAUUGCGGUAUACCCGCUGUUUGUGUUUUAUAUUGCGAUCGGGUGUCUCUGCUUUAUCAGUUAG